AUGUACUAUUUAAUUUAUAUAUUAUUAUUUAAAAUAAUAUUUGUCAGUUUCUAUUAUUUAAUGUUAUGUUUUAAUUAUUUAAUUAAAAUUUUAUAUUAUUUCAUACUAAUUUUUGAAUUGGGAGAACAUCAACCUUAUUUGAGUGUAAAUUUAUUCAUUAUAGAACGUUCAUUAAAAAUACAUCUAAAUACUGCCUCUAAUUCUCAUAAAUUCCUACCAAAUCCGGUAAUUAUAUUUUCACAUAAACGAUUCUCUAUUAAAGUUAUUUUUAAUAGUUCCAUUUGUGAUUUUUACCAAAAUUAUAAUAUAAAAAUUCAUAAUACAGGAAAAUAUUGCAAUAAAAGGAAUAAUCAGAUAGUCAAAUGA